AGUGGUUACUUCAAGGUUGUCUGGAGACAGUGGGCUGAACAUGUAGUAUAUGGUUGAAAGAGACCAGUACAGUAUGCAUAAAAUUCGACCAUUCAUUCCAAUACAGUAGUUUAAUUCAGGUCCGCUGUCAGCUAAAUUAUGUCAAAUGUAUGAUUAUGAAUAUGCUCACGUUUCCAAAUUCUUCAGAAAUAAUAUGCUCUACUUCCUAAGGAAUUCUGAGAUUUAUGACACCUCAUAUCUUUCUUCAUAAUUUCUGUGUGACAGUGAAGGAAGGAAUUAAGCAUUAUGAGAGUAUUGGAACAAGGAGAUGUCUUCAUGAGUUGAGCUCUGUAUUAUGGCACACACUGAAUGAAGGCUCCAUCUAUCCUCAGAGACGCAAAGCUUUUCUGUCUCAAACCCAUCAUAUCGCUCAUGAUGUUCUGCCCCAACGUUCCCAUUAGCCAGGUUUGACAUUAUGUACCUCUGAGCAACUAAAGCAAAUUAAGUCGACAUACAGCAGGUUCGGGCUGCCAUGCAGAUGAGGGGCGUGCAAUGACAUUCUUGAUUCGAUUUGUCCACUUGAGAAGAGCGCAGGGUGCGGUUACCCUGGGCUCUAUGUAGCAGAAACUGGAGGGCUUCUUCACGCUUGGGUUCAAAGAGAAUAUAGAGGAUGUAUCAUAAAUGGGAAACACAUACGUGUCAAAUUGUUCUUGCGAAUAUGUUGUGAAAUAGACUUGUUCAUCAAGGGUAGACAUUUCUAAAUAGUAAAUGUAUGUUGCUGCCAGACUAUUUAGACAAACCCUAUUAUAUUCAGUGAGGUUUAUUUUUCAACCCUGGCAAAGUGUCAAAUAUGUCCACUGUUAUGCAUUAAAAUAACUAAUCCAGACAAGCGAGAAGUGAAAAUCAAUCGGUUAACAACGUGUCCUUUCCAAAUGCUCUCCUCCAGAAGCGCUAUUGUCGGGAAAGCGGAGUUGAUCAAUUCAGCACCACAGGUGUGGACAGUGCCACUAGCCUAUACACGGACAGGGAAACGCAAGGCGUGUGGAUGCAGUAGUGGAGAGCCAGACAGACAUUGUUGUAGAAUGGUACAUGGGACUGAUUAUUGAAUUAAGUUGAGUGGCUAGCUGGGCGCACCCUUAUUUUAAUGACUUCAAGAACUAAUGCCUGAAUACAUCACUCGCCUGCCAUGAGACCAUCCUAAAAGCACAACUUUAUCGAAAACACAACUCUAUCGACAUAUCCUAUAAAAAAAAAUGGGUUCCCUAUCUAUGUGUGCACGCCAUUCAGGGGGUGUGGUGUGAACUCACUCGCUCCCGGUCACGCUGGUGUGUGUGUGGUGAGUGGAGCGAACGCAGCACAGAGAAAGCGCACUCAAAGCUCGCGCAGGCACCGGAAAGUGGGGAUAUAGUGCGCGGCGGCAUGGCUUCGUCUCACGGGAAAAAUGAACACCGGUUCGCCGACUGGAUGGCGAAUUUACCGGAGAGCAUGCACAGCAUCCCGCUUACCAACCUGGCCAUUCCAGGUUCCCAUGACUCCUUCAGUUUCUACAUAGACGAGUCCUCUCCGGUGGGUCCUGAGCAGACUGACGCUGUCCAAAACUUUGUGUCGGUCUUUGGCACGGUAGCCAAGAAGCUGAUGCGUAAAUGGCUGGCCACUCAGACUAUGAACUUCUCCAGCCAGCUGGAGGCCGGCGUCCGCUUCUUUGACCUGCGCAUUUCCACCAAGCCCCGGGACCCAGACAACGAACUCUUCUUCGCUCAUGGCCUCUUCAGCGCCACGGUGAGAGAAGGUCUGGAGCAGAUCAGCUCCUUCCUGUCGGCCCAUGCCAGAGAGGUUGUGUUCCUGGACUUUAACCACUUCUACGGGGUUCAGAACCUGCACCAUGAGAAGUUGGUCUCAAUGCUGAGAGACGUGUUCGGGGAGAAACUCGCCCCCGUCGUCUUCGCUCAGGAGGUGAGUCUCCAGUACCUGUGGGAGAAAGAGUACCAGGUAUUGGUGUUCUACCACAGUCCUAUGGCCCUGGAAGUGCCAUUUCUAUGGCCUGGUCAGAUGAUGCCUGCUCCCUGGGCCAACACCACUGACCCUGAAAAGCUGAUCCAGUUCCUCCAGGCCUCUGUGGCUGACCGCAGGAGGAAGGGAACAUUCUUUGUCUCCCAAGUGGUCCUCACACCUAAGGCCAGCACCGUCAUGAAAGGAGUAGCCAGCGGACUGAGGGAGACCAUUACAGAAAGGGCUCUUCCAAGUAUGAUGCUGUGGAUUCGGGCCCAGAGGCCAGGAGAGAGCGGCAUCAACAUCAUCACAGCUGACUUUGUGGAGCUGGGAGACUUCAUCAGCGCUGUCAUCACGCUCAACUAUCAUAUGGAUGAUGAGGAGGAAAAUGCCACCUGAGACUGAAAGACAGGGGGUGCCAAAGAGUCAAGUCCUCAGCUCAGUCUCACUUUCUCUUUGGUGUUCAUUUUCAGGAGAGGCGUUCCUCUGACUUAUUGUAUAGGGCUAUCAGAGUUUACAGAGGAAGAGAGAGAGAGAGAGAGAGAGAUAGAGAGAGAGAGAGAGAGAGAGAGAGAGAGAGAGAGAGAGAGAGAGGGAGAGGGAGAGGGAGAGAGAGGAGGGAGAAGGAGACGUUAAGAUAGGAGGAGAAAGGAAGGUGGAGAUAAGGAGGAUGGACUUUGGUGCUCGUUUAGAGCGCCGAAAGUGAAUGAGAAAUGUUUGGUUUUAUCUGUUUUGGGGGUCAAAAGGGCAAUUGGUUUUUAACGACGCUUCGCUUGGCUUCGCUUCAAAUCUGCUGUAACGAUAACUGCUUCUGUCCUCCAAUCACACAAGCUCGUGUUUCUGGCAUUUCCAUCUCUUGUGAGGCUUAGGCUAGCUUAUUAGCAUAUUCUACAGACAUAAAUGUUGUUCGUAUUUUAGUGACAGUGAUGGCCAACCUACAAAACUCAUUUUCAUUGGUGCCAGUAAUACAUCUGAUUGCCGUCAACCUGAUUAACAUGUCAACUACUCACACAUGGCUGUAGAAUUUACUUUAUGAUGGAUGGAUUGGUUGAUUGAUGGAUGGAGCUUCCCAAAUAAUUAUUAUAGUUUUUCGAUCUCUUUCUACAUUUACUGAUUAUUUUGUCUCUGUAUCAGUCCUGUCACCACAAUGCGUAAAUCGAUAACUUCUCCUUGCAGUACAUUGAUUUAGCUCCUAGACCACCUGUAACAGCACUUUCCCUAUGUGACAGAUUGCCAGACCGAUUGAUAUUUGUGUGUCUUUUGAUUGAUUGCCUCUCCCGAGUGCCCUCUGUAGCGUAUUGUAGAUCAGUGUUUCCCAACCCUGGUCCUCAAGCUCCCCCAACAGUACACAUUUGUAUUGUAACCCUGGACAAGCACACCUGAUUCAACUUGUCAACUAAUCAUCAAGUCCUCAAUGAGUUGAAUGAGGUGUGUUUGUCAAGGGCUACAACAAAACUGUGAACUGUUGGGGUGUACUUGAGGACCAGGGUUGGGAAACACUGUUGUAGAUGACCAUAAAACAGUUUUAAUUUCAUGUUUCUCGUAAUGGGCUUGAUAUCAUUCUAAUCUCAUGUAGGUGUCUGUUGUACUGAAAUAUUCACCACAAUAUUAGAAUUUUUUGUUUUUAAUCAUUGAACUUUUCUUCUGUUCAUUUACUUGUAUAGAAUAUAAUAGAACAGCUAUCUGUUGCUUCACUAUUACUCAUGUGUUUGCCUGCUUAAUUGCAUUCAGUCUAGUAGAAAGAUGUUUCCCUUGCUUUACUCUGCACCUAUUCAGGACAAACUGUAAAUGCUAAACUAGGAAGAAAAGUUCUAUUUGAAGUGGCACUUGUGGCGUAGUGAAGACAACACAAUACGUGUCACAUUUCCUUUGUUAACAUUUGUUUUGCACAUUAUGCAAGAACUUUGCAUAUAUAUCAAAAGCUUUGACUCAUUUCCCCCCCCCAAAAAUGUUAUGAUUAUUAGUGCAUCUUUUACAGAGAAUGUAUUCUGAUAAAUGGUUAUGUAAACUAAUAUGUUUAUUGUGAACCAAAAGGAGGAAAUGUUACAUUUUGAAUAUGUGAAUGUGUGUCCUGUAUGAAAUUGUGCCAUUUCCAACUUUUUUCAGUGUGUGUGUGUGUGUGUUUUUAUGUAAGAGAGUUACAGACAGACACAGACACAGACAGGAUUUAAUUGAGUGUUUGUAUGUUUUGUGUGUAUUGUUCAGAGGUAUGAACAUUUUCAUACAAUUUGUAUGUGUUAAUGACUUCAUCCUUAUCACUUAAUCUUAAAAUAUAUUUUAUAUCAUGUGAAAAGUUUGUAUAUAAAGUGCAAUGGAUUUACUGCCAUGUAAUUGUAAAUGAAAAUGAAUGCCAAGAAUUAUCCAUAAAGGCUUCUACAGAAAUAUCUCAGUUGUAAUAACACACAAAUAUAUGGCCAAUACGAGUUUUGUCCAUAUCUCUGAAAGUCAAAUACACUUCCAAAAUAUAUUUUUUGUAAUUAAUUAACUAUGUGCAAGAAUCAAAAUAUAUUUGUAAAUAUAUUUCUUGUCACUUAGUGGAUUAAUACGUUUUGGAUGCUAUCCUAACCUGACUAUAACUACUUGAGUUGUUUGUGUUCAUCUCAAGUAAGAAAAUACUCAAGACCCUUUAACAUUUAUCACCAAAAUGUGUACACUGCACUGCAAACAUGAUAAGUUAGGAUAUUCAAUAACAACAACAAUUAUUAGCAGUCCCAAAUAGGUCAUGUCCAAUGUUUCGCUUAAACUCUGAGACGGUAAUAUACCUAACAAACAAACUAGUGCAAUACACAGUGUAAAAAGACGCCUACAUACAUGAAUUUACUUAUAAAGAUGAUUAUUUAUAAGUCAUCUAAUGUUGACAUAAUUAUACCCUCCAUAUUGUAUUCCUUACCUUUCUGUCCAUUUUUGAUGUGAUGAGUCCAUUGCUGUGAAAUUGUUGUAAAGACCAAACCUUGGGUGUUGCAAUGAAACUGAUUCUGUUUUAAGUGGAAGAUGACUAAUCAAAUAAAGCUUCUAAGCCUGUACAGUAUGUUGAUGAGACUCUC